AUGGCAACAUCAGUCCCGACCUUCUGCUCUGACGGGGAGCUGGCCGCCCUGACGGCCCUCUUCAAGAACGCGACCACCGCGGCGUCGUUCUGCGAGCGCCUCGCCGUCGCCGGCACCGCAGAUGGCUCUGUCAGCCUCGCGACCAACCUGGCCGCCGUGAACGAGGGCGUCAACACCUUCUUCCUCACCUUUGCCGGCGCCCUCGUCUUCAUCAUGCACGCCGGCUUCGCCAUGCUCUGCGCCGGCGCCAUCCGCAGCAAGAACACAAUGAACAUCCUGCUGCAGACGGUGCUGGACGCGGCGGUCAGCGGCAUCUGCUGGUACAUCUGCGGUUGGGCGUUUGCCUACGGUGACGUCGGCCGCGGCAACCCCUUCAUCGGCGACUGGACCUUCGCCCUCGUCGACUGGUACUCCAACGGCAACCCCUCCGGCGGCAAGGGCCGCUGGUCCGAGUGGUUCUUCCAGUGGGCGUUCGCCGCCACUGCCGCCACCAUCCCCGCCGGCGCCGUCGCCGAGCGCUUCAACUUUAACGCGUACUUUGCCUACACUAUCCUCAUCAGCGCCUGGGUGUACCCUGUGGUGGUCCACUGGGUGUGGGCGCCCAGGGGCUGGCUCUCGGCGUUCAACACGACCGCCCCCCUCGCCGGCUCCGGCAUGAUCGACUUUGCCGGCUCUGCCGUCGUGCACAUGGUGGGCGGCCUGACCGGCCUCAUGGGUUGCAUCCUGGUCGGCCCCCGCCUCGGCCGCUUCGACUCCAACGGCCAGCCCGUCGACAUGCCCGGCCACUCUGCCACCCUCGUCGUGCUCGGCACGGUCCUGCUCUGGUUCGGCUGGUACGGCUUCAACCCCGGGUCCACCCUCAACAUUGUGGCCACCACCGCUGCCUCCUCCGAGAACCUGUACCUCACCUCUGGCCGCGCCGCCGUCACCACCACCCUCUCCGGCUCCGCCGCCGCCGUCGUGGCGCUGCUCUCCGGCCUCGUCCGCACCGGCUCGUGGGAUCUCAUCUCGGUCUGCAACGGCGCGCUCGUCGGCUUUGUGUCGAUCACCGCCGGCUGCGCCGUGCUGGAGCCGUGGGCGGCCCUCAUCGCCGGCGGCGUCGGCGCGCUCAUCUUCGACGCGACCUGCUGGCUGUGGCUCAAGCUGCGCAUCGACGACCCGCUCAGCGCGUCGCCGAUGCACGGCGUGUGCGGCGCGUGGGGCGUGCUGGUCACCGGGUUCCUGGCUGCGCCCCACUACGUGGCCCAGGCCUACCUGAACGGCAAGUACGGCGCGUUCUACCCCGGCGGCGGCGGCAACCUGUUGGGCUGCCAGGUGGUUGGCAUCUUGGUGGUCGGCGCCUGGACCUGCUUCUGGUCGGGCCUCCUGUUCUUCGUCCUCAAGAUCUUCAACAAGAUCAGGAUCAGCCCCGAGGAGGAGCAGGCCGGUCUCGACGUGUCCAAGCACGGCGGCAGCGCCUACAACCACGACCACGGCCUCGGCAAGGGCGUCAAGCCCGGGAUCUAG